AUGGCCGUGAUGACUUCGCCCGCAAUGGACAAACCGUCCGUGGAGCCAAAACCCGUUCCAUCUGCAGACGCGAUGGCCUUGGAUGCAAACAUCAACGGAAGCGCAAAUGAGCAUGACCCGCUAUUUGAUGAAGACCCCGCGCCUCACCACGUUGAUAUCCCUACGCCCGACGCCGAUGCUCCGUCAGACGCCCUGCCAACCCCGGCCACCAACGGCGACGACACCGUGAACGGCGCCGACUCCCAUCUCGACCAAGAUCCCUUCGCCGACCCCAUCACCGACGUCGACAGUGGCAUCGCGCCCACCGCACCUUUCGUCUCCAACCUGUCGCCCGAGCAAACGUCACUUCCUGUCGCGCCCGAAAAUCUCGCGCCCACUUCACUCCCGCCUGCAAUCGAGCCUGCAACCUCGGACCUUCGCGAAGACUCCGCGUCGCUACCGCAAACAUCCGCGCCUGCCAUAAAGCCCGAAGGCGCGAACGACGCGUCUGAAGAUCUUGCGGACCCAGUGCCGGCGCAACCCACCGCGUCGCCCGCAGGAGACAAGGAAGGCCAAGAAGACAAGAUGGAUGAGGGUGCCCAGGCGCAACCUGCGACGACUGACGCGUCCGCUCCUGCAGACGUGCAGAAAUCGGAUGAGCCCACCGAUCCUGUCCCCCCUCCUCCACCUGCAGAGGACGCGCUGCAAACGCCCGCUGCUGCCACACAAGAUCCGGCUGUCGCGCAAGAUCCUACACCCGCGCAAGAUCCUACCGCCACGAAAAGUCCUGCACCCGCCCCGGCGGCGACCCCUACCGCAGACCAAGAGAUGACAGAUGCGCCGUCAGCAAACAAAACUCGCCCCCGUGAGGACGAAGAUGACGACGACGACGACGGUCCUUUGGCGAAGCGCGUGCGCACAGCAGACACGUCUAUGGAGUCUGCCCCAGGCGGUGACGUGAAGCAAAAGCAGCAGCCAGCUCCGCCGGUUACCAAUGGCGACGUGCGGGUUCCUCCGGCUUCAGACAUCUCGGUGGCUCCCCCCGCGAUCAGCAACGCGCCCGAAAAGAAGAAGUACGACUCGCAGACACUGACUCCGGCCCAACACAAGUUUCUAAUGGAUCGUCUACGUGGUGCGAAAAAGACUAAGCCCGCAGCACCUUUCCUGCAACCGGUGGAUCCCGUCGCAUUAAACAUCCCUCAUUACCCUCAGAUCAUCACCAAACCCAUGGACUUGAGCACGCUAGAGACAAAGCACAAGGAAAAGCGGUACCAAUCGGUGGAUGCCUUUAUGAGCGACUUCUACCUUAUGAUUGACAACUGUGUUACCUUCAACGGUCCUCAGCACCCCAUUGCACAAUCAGCUUGGAACUUACAGAUGUGGUUUGAGCGUGGUAUGCACUUGAUUCCUGGGCGCGAGGCACAUGUGGAAGUCCCCAAGAAGCCGAAGAAAUCGGGCUCUGUGAAACCGCCACGCCGCGAGUCUCGUCCCAACAUUCCGGUGCACUCCCCGACCAAUUCUACAUCCAACACCGCCACUUUCGCUCUUCAAGCCGAUGGUACUCCUCUCAUCCGGCGAGAUUCGUCAACUGGUGACGGGCGCCCCAAGAGGGAGAUUCAUCGCCCGCCACCCAAGGACCUGCCCUACUCGAACCCUCGACCGAAGAACAAGAAGUCUCAGCUCGAGCUAAGAUUCGCCGAGACGGUCAUCAACGAGUUGAUGAAGCGGGAACAUCGGGACUUCUCAUUCCCUUUUCUCCAGCCUGUAGACCCCGUUGCUCUGAACAUCCCGCAAUAUCUGAAGAUUAUCAGGAAGCCGAUGGACCUGGGCACUGUCGCGGGCCGAUUCAAGCGCGGUGAAUACACCAGCGCGAAAGACAUCAAGGCCGAUCUUGAUCUCAUCUUCACGAAUUGUUACAAGUUCAAUCCCGAGGGUGAUGACGUGAACAAGAUGGGCAAAAUGCUCGAAGAGGUGUACAGAAAGGCAUGGGACAAGAAGGCUGAAUGGAUGGAGGAGAACACGCCUGCAUCAGAGCCGGCUUCUGCGUCAGAGGAUGAGGAUGAAGAGGAUAGUGAAGAAGAUGAAGAUGAAGAGGAGAUCAGGCGCAGGCAGGCCCAGAUCGCUGAGCAGAUCAUGCUUUUGACACAGGAACAGCUGGCUCUCCAGGCCAAGAAGGGCAAGUCCCCCAAGGUAGCAGCCAAGAAGACGUCCAAGAAGGACAAGAGCCAGACCAAGUCGAAGAAGUCUUCGAAGCCCUCAGUCACGGCAAAGCCCAAGAAGAAGAUGAGGCAGAUCACCUUCGAUGAAAAGCGGUUGAUCUCCGAGACGAUCAGCAACUUGGACGAAGUCCAGAUGGCGAAGGCAGUCCAGAUCAUCCGGAAUGGAGUGCCUGCUCUUCAAGGUGUUAAUGAUGACGAGCUCGAGUUGGACAUCGACACCAUUCCCAACGAUGUGCUGCAUGAUUUGCUCAAGUAUAUCAGGACGGUCAACCCUGCCGCAAGCACGGCUACAGCUGCCGUACCGACAUUCGAUGAUGACUAUGAGCCACCUUCGCGUAAGAACACUGCCACGCAGCCCAGAAAGAACAAGCCCAUGGGCAAGCAUGAGCAGGAACAGGCGAUUGCAGAGAUCAAGCAGCGCCUCCAGAACUUCAACAACCGUGGCUCCAGUUCGGACCAGUCACCAGAGCCCGUCCAGACAGCCCAUAGGGACGAGUCGAGUGACGAUGAGUCUAGUGCAUCGGAGAGCGAAGAGGAGUAA